CUUGAUUUCAGGUCAAUCCUAAUAACCACCGUGUCCAUCGACCCCAAAGGGCGACGCCUCGCCAUGGAGGAAGGAAGGAGAUGGGAGGAGAUGCCGACGGACUGUUUGGUUUCCAUCUUCCUGCGGCUGGGCCUCGACGACCUCACCAUCUCCGUUCCCUUCGUCUGCAAGUCCUGGGCGCAGGCUUCCCUCGACCCCGGAUGCUGGCGAGUCGUCGACUUCCGGACGCUGGACCUCAUGCCGUGGAGCAGGUUCUGCAAGGGGUUCGUCUCCCGCUACUCCCUUCGCAGCUUCUCCUUCUCCCCUCUCAUGGAGUUCGUCGUCGACCGCGCUCGUGGAUCCGUGACGGAGCUCGUAUUCCCGUCGUCAUCCAGUGUGUCCUGGCGAGACUUGGUGUACGCUUCCGUGAACAGGUGCCCCGGACUGAAGAGGCUGGCCUUGCCGGAUCGCCUGAUGCUCGAAGACGAACUCCGGAUCCCCGAACUCGUCGGCGGGUGGAGAAGCCUCGAGGAGCUCGAGCUGGAAUCGAAGCCUUCUUCCUUCCUGGCGUUGGUCGCCAGAAUAGGCCACGACUGCAGGCGGUUCACGCGGCUGCGGGUGUCGGGAUUGAUCACGCCGGAGGACGCGUGCGUCAUGGUCAACUGCCUUCCGGAGCUCAAGUGCUUGGACCUGAGCAAGUCCUACUUAACCAAGACAGAGCUGGGGGUGAUAGUCAACGGGUGCAAAAGCUUGGAGAGGCUGGCCGUGAAGGAUUGUCUUGGCUUCGAAGCCGAUGAGGAGGUGGUGUCCAUGGCGUCCAAUCUCAAGGUGUUCGAUCACCAGGGAUCGAAGCUGCUUGAUGACUACGGAUACGAGACGGACGAGCCGGAGCACCAGACCGGAAUUUUCUGCUGGUGAUUGCACCUUCCACGCAUUGAUGUGGUGUUUGACCCUUUCCCCUCUUUCUUGCUUCCUCCUCCUUCCUUCCUGGCUAUCGUGUUGGUCACUCAUGUACAGGGAACGCAUGCCAUCGCAAUUUGUGAUCGUUGACUUUUCUGGCGAGGUUUGGAAGUUGUAUGCUUUGCAUGAAAACCUACCAUUAUAAUUGACGGGUCGGGCUGAAGCACAUCAAAUUGUCGAUAGCUGGUGGCCCAAAAGAAAUGGGUCAGCCAAUCUCAUUUAUUUGCUCUAUUAUCCUCCUCCCGAAACUUGUUGACUUGUUCUGUAAUCGGGGAAGAGCUACUCUGUAGAUCAAGUCCCAUUUGUCUGAGAUGCGAGACCAUCAACAAAGAAACUCUAUUCAUUGGC